CCACAUCUAUUGUCGAUAGCUGUAGAUAUUACAACUCUUGUUUUCUUCCUCCAUUUCAAAGAAAUUGUAGAAAAAACCUCCUUUUACACUUCUUUUCUUCCUCACCACUUCAAACAUUUGAUUCAAUUCACUCCACGUAACACCACCAAAAUCAAAAUUCACAGGAAACCCACAAAAUUAAUCAGAUAAAUAGCAAAACUAAACCUAGAUUUCAUUAGAGAAGGAAGAAAGAAAAAAUGGGUUCAACAAGUAAUAAUCUUCUGCUUUCUUCAACUUUCUUUAGUACUCAACUUCUCCAUUCACCACCAACUCCAAAAACAACCAAUUCUUCUUUCCCUCUAUCCUUCUUAUCUAAAAGAAAAACCCUAACUUUAAAAUCCAUUCUUAACAAAGAACCAUCUAAAGCUAAUUUAGCUGCUGCUGGUGCUGCAUUCAUUUUCAGCACUGUUUUACAAAAUGGUCAAUUAGCUUUAGCCAUUGAUGCACCACCUCCUGUGAUUCAAGUUGAAGCUGCAAAACCCACUACUUCAAAUGCGUCCCUAGAAAAUAUUCUUGCUACUGCGCCUAAACCACAAACACAAUCUGAUUUACCAGAAGGUUCUCAAUGGAGAUACAGUGAAUUUCUUAAUGCAGUGAAGAAAGGGAAAGUUGAGAGAGUUAGGUUCAAUAAAGAAGGUGGAUUUCUUCAGCUUACAGCUGUUAAUGGAGUCAAGGCCACAGUUACUGUGCCUAAUGACCCAGACCUUAUUGAUAUAUUGGCUAUGAAUGGUGUUGAUAUCUCUGUUUCUGAGGGUGAUUCUAAUAAUGGAGGGCUCUUCAGUAUCAUUGGUAAUCUGUUCUUCCCAUUGCUGGCUUUAACUGGACUGUACUUCCUGUUCCGGAGAGGUCAGGGAGGAGCCGGUGGCCCAGGAGGUUUAGGGGGUCCAAUGGAAUUUGGAAAAUCAAAAUCCAAAUUUCAGGAGGUUCCUGAAACUGGAGUCACAUUUGCCGAUGUUGCUGGGGCUGACCAGGCAAAAUUGGAGUUGCAAGAAGUUGUUGAUUUCUUGAAGAAUCCUGAUAAAUACACUGCCCUAGGAGCUAAAAUUCCAAAGGGUUGUUUGUUGGUUGGACCUCCUGGAACUGGUAAGACCCUUUUGGCCAAGGCAGUAUCUGGAGAGGCUGGUGUGCCAUUUUUCUCAUGUGCUGCAUCAGAAUUUGUUGAAUUGUUUGUGGGUGUUGGAGCUUCGAGAGUUAGAGAUUUGUUUGAGAAAGCAAAAGCCAAGGCUCCAUGUAUUGUAUUUAUAGAUGAGAUUGAUGCUGUGGGAAGGCAGCGUGGAACUGGUAUGGGAGGUGGGAAUGAUGAGAGAGAACAGACAAUUAAUCAGCUUUUGACAGAGAUGGACGGAUUUUCAGGGAACAAUGGUGUGAUCAUUUUGGCCGCAACAAACAGACCAGAUGUUCUUGAUGCAGCAUUGUUAAGGCCUGGGAGGUUCGAUCGACAGGUUACGGUGGACAGGCCUGAUGUUGCUGGUCGAGUAAAGAUCCUCGAGGUGCAUUCUCGAGGAAAAGCACUAGCGAAGGAUGUGGACUUUGAUAAGAUUGCACGAAGAACACCUGGAUUCACUGGAGCUGAUUUGCAAAACCUAAUGAAUGAAGCAGCCAUUUUUGCAGCUAGACGUGACCUCAAGGAGAUAAGUAAGGAUGAGAUUUCCGAUGCCUUGGAAAGGAUCAUCGCUGGACCCGAGAAGAAAAAUGCAGUUGUUUCAGAAGACAAGAAGAAACUAGUAGCUUAUCAUGAGGCUGGUCAUGCUCUUGUUGGUGCACUCAUGCCUGAUUAUGACGCUGUCGCCAAGAUAUCCAUCAUUCCUCGUGGCCAAGCUGGUGGUUUGACUUUCUUUGCUCCGAGUGAAGAGAGACUAGAAUCUGGGUUGUACAGCAGAAGCUACUUGGAGAAUCAAAUGGCUGUUGCUUUAGGUGGCAGGGUGGCUGAAGAGGUGAUAUUUGGCAAAGAAGGUGUUACUACUGGAGCGUCAAGCGACUUCAUGCAGGUUUCUAACGUGGCAAGGCAGAUGGUUGAGAGAUUUGGGUUCAGCAAAAAGAUAGGGCAGAUUGCCAUUGGUGGAGGUGGAGGAAAUACCUUCUUGGGUCAGCAAAUGUCAACCCAAAAGGAUUACUCAAUGGCAACAGCUGAUAUUGUGGACUCAGAAGUCAGGGAGUUGGUGGACAAGGCAUACGCCAGGGCCUCACUUCUCAUCGAAACACACAUUGACAUUCUCCACAGCCUCGCUCAGCUUCUAAUUGAGAAGGAAACUGUGGAUGGGGAGGAGUUCAUGAGCCUUUUCAUUGAUGGGCAGGCUGAACUAUAUGUUGGCUGAACAGUUACUAAUUAAGAUUUAAUGUAUAAAAUCGUACAAAUGUUGAACUCUGAUAUAUUUUUAUCUCAUCAAAUGGAGAAAAGAAAAAAAAAAAGGAAAACACA